UCUCCUCGCAGUUUUCAAACUCCAUUGCUUCAAAUACUUCUCAACAGCUCCCACCUUAAUUUCCUGAAAAUUGAUUAGAAAUGGCAGACAAGAUCAAAGUAUGGUGCUUCCUACUUUUCCUAUUGAUGCUGGUGUCGAAUUUGCAAAAUUGUGCUCAUGCCGCUCCACAGGUGCCUUGUUUUUUCAUAUUUGGAGACUCGUUGGCGGAUAGUGGCAACAACAACAACCUUGUCACAGCUGCUAAGGCCAAUUACCGCCCAUAUGGAAUUGACUUCCCUAAUGGAACCACCGGAAGGUUUACUAAUGGCCGAACCGUAGUGGAUAUCAUUGGUGAACUUCUGGGCUUUAACCAAUUUAUUCCACCAUUUGCAACUGCUAGAGGCAGAGACAUAUUGGUUGGUGUUAACUAUGCAUCUGGGGCUGCAGGGAUUCGUGAUGAGACUGGAAGGCAACUGGGUGAUAGAAUCAGCCUAAAUGAGCAAUUGCAAAAUCAUGCUGCUACAUUCAAUCGCUCGAUUCAAUUACUAGGGACCAAGCAGGCAGCAGAAAAUUACCUUAAUAAGUGCUUAUAUUAUGUCAGCUUGGGCAGUAAUGACUACUUAAACAACUACUUCAUGCCUAGCAAUUAUACAACAAGCCGAUUAUACACCCCAGAUCAAUAUGCCAAGGUUUUAAUUGACCAGUACAGUCAGCAAAUAAAGCUUCUGUACCACCUAGGAGCCAGGAAAAUUGCCUUGCCUGGACUUGGACCAAUGGGCAGCCUUCCUUACGCAUCUUCUACUCUAUGCCCCAACAAUCUCUCUUGUGUGACCGAUAUAAACAACGCAGUCCUCCCUUUUAACGCAGGACUCGUAUCACUUGUUGGUCAUCUGAAUAGAGAGUUGAAUGACGCACGCUUUAUAUACUUGAAUUCUACUGGGAUAUUGUCAUCUGCCGAUCCUUCUGUGCUCGGGUUUAGGGUUACAAACGUUGGAUGUUGUCCAGCACGUAGUGAUGGCCAAUGCAUUCAAGACACAUGCCAAAAUAGGACUGAAUAUGCGUUUUGGGAUGAAAUUCAUCCUACCGAAGCUUUGAACCAAUUCACUGCAAGAAGAUCGUACAAUGCCAUUCUUCCAUCUGAUGCUUAUCCAACCGAUAUCAGUCAUUUAAUCAGUUAACAUGCAGAUCUAAGUCAAGGAAGAUAAUAUUCCAUAAAUAAUUUAUAGAAAAUAAGGUGGUCUUGGUUACUUUGUUACGAUGAUAAAAUUAUGCAAAACAGCAGUCUAAUAAUAUGACUUCUUGUAAACGAAAAAAAAAAAAAAACAGUCUGACAAUAUGCUGUAACAUGCAUGUACUUGUACCUCAAGAAUGAUAUAUAAGAUCGUUUUCUUACGAAAUAUGUGG